AUGAGAAGGCCUAGUCGGAAAAAGUUAGUAGUCGUAGGUGAUGGAUUCUGCGGGAAAACGAGUUUGUUACAUGUCUUUCAACAUGGCGAAUUUCCAGAAGAUUAUGUUCCAACAGUCUUUGAAAAUUACAUCGCAAUUAUCAACCAUGAAUCGGGCAAAUCAAUCGAAUUAUCAUUAUGGGACACUGCAGGCCAGGAAGAAUACGAUAGACUUAGACCUCUAUGUUACCCAGAGACUGAUGUUAUUCUAGCCUGUUUCGCUAUUGAUCAGAUACAAUCAUUUGAAAAUGUCAAGGAUAGGUGGAUACCUGAAAUGGAUCAUUUUUUGUUCAAUACACCUCGUUUAUUAGUAGGCACAAAAAGUGAUUUGAGAAGCAGCAGCAAACGCAUCGCAGAGCUGAGCACUAAUGGACAACAACUGAUUAGCAUUGAACAGGCUGAGGAAUUGGCAAGGAAGAUAAACACACAAUACAUUGAAUGUAGUGCAAAAAACAACACAAAUAUCACAAAAGUUAUACAUGAUGCCACAGGGCUUAUCCUAAACAACCGCAAGGGAGGACUAAAGACAAAAAUGUGUACUCUACUCUAG